AUGCAGCGUCUCAACUCACGAGAGGACUCUUCCGCCUUUUUCGAUGUGCUCCCGACCAGGAGCACACAGUCGAUUAGUCCCAAAGGUUCACAUCAAAAUCUUCGAAUCUCUUCAAUUCAUCCUAUGUCGAACAAGUACAAUUUUCAGAUGUUACGGACAAAAAGGAAGACGUAAUGGAUCUGAGUUCUUUGAUGGAGUCACCAAUCAAUAGCGUGUAAGGGGACACAAUCAAGUGAUUUUCUUCUCGAUUGCAGCUAUCAGCGUCGAUCACCGAAUGUGAGGGCGAACAUGAACAAAAUGAAAAGCAAGGACAUAAUCGAUCAGGUUUGAGAGCGAUCCUGCUCAUGAUUGGUUUCUGCAGCAACUUUUCGAUAACACUUACGGCUUCCGGAGACUGAACCUGUCUUUUGGGGAGCGUGUCCACUGGCACUAUCGGAAGGUUGAUAAGUCGUGAUUUCUGUGGACGCUUUGAUUCAACAGAUGGUCCGGUGGAAACGACCUGAGUGGCUGCAGUUUGUUACUUCCCGCGCCCCGGCGUCACGGUGGCUUCCGAGCUACUCUUGGCGCUCCGACUUCUUCGCCGACGCUCUGGGCGGCGUCAUGGUUUCCGUGAUCACCGUCCCGCAAAGUGAGCUGCGGCUUUUUCUUUUUUUAGAAACGGAUUUUUUUUAUCAAGGCAGUGUGAACGCUAACGAGUUCACUUUGGAAUGGAAAAAAAAUAAAAAUUUCAAGAUUUUUAGGGAACGGCGUUCCCAAACGGGGUGGGAAGACGUUAAAAAAAAGUUUUGCGCGAAAAUUGAAAUCUUAAGUAUAUACGCAUCCAAAAGCGAUCGAGCAAACAAGUUAUUAACGUUGAAUACUCAUGUAAUUUGUGACGUAGAAUGACGUCGUUUUUCCUGAGCGCUUACUUACUUUUUUUGUAAGUUCAGAAAGUUUGACGCGUCGCUCGCCUUCCCUCGACCCAUGAGGAAUGCCCUGGCUUUCCCUUUUUCUGAAAAUGAUGUAUUAUCAAGGCAGUUUGAACACUAAUGAGUUUACUUUGGAAUGAAAACACUAAAUAUUUCAAGAAUUUUUGGGGUAGGUGUGCCUACAGGUGGCUCUGUAGCGUAUGUUUGUUUUGAACGGACUGUCCGAAAAUAAUUUUCUCCAGCACUUAAUUUUUUUCCUUACUUUUUAGUUUUCUUUUCACCAAACCGUUUAGGAAACCAGGUUUUUUUUCCUUGCGUAUAAUAAAAAAAUCAAUAUUUCACACCUGCCACAGGUUAUUACCCAGGUUUCUAUUAACGAUGAGUUCUAGGUCUGGCCUACGGUUACUUGGUUGGUGUUCCUCCAGCGAAUGGACUGGCUUCGAACAUCAUUGGCCCUUUGAUCUACGCAGUCUUAGGCAGCUCUAAACACGCCUCUCCAGGUAACAACUUCAUCAACGCGAAAAUCCUCAUCUUGCAGGUUCCUUCGCGAUUGUGGCUCUGAUGGUCGGCGCCGCUGUAGAAAGAUACUCUCAUCCCCAGAGCCUUGUUUAGCUUAACUCUACCUGUUUCCCAAGCCCAAGUUUCAGGUUGAAGCUUCUAUGGAAGAAAUCGUCUGUUGUCAUGAGAAGAAGUCGAGAACGGACGAGCACAUCGCCAUCGGAAUUGCUACAUCGAUAACACUACUCGUUGGGCUCAUUCAGGUCGCUUGAAAGCUACCUAGGCGGUCAUAAUCGAAUCUUUUCCAGAUUGUUUUGGGAAUGAUGAAUGCCGGUCUUCUGGCAGUAUGGCUAUCUGAUCAUCUUGUUCAAGGUUAUUCAAAAAAAAGCUGAAUGGUUUGACUUUGAGCAUGCUAUUUUUCAAAAGAGAAAUAAUUUCUGAGGGGAGAGAUUAAAAAAGGUAAAUAUUUUCGAGGCUCUGCAAGUUACCUGCAGCUUUCCCGCGUGUAUCCGCUUCAUACCCUGGAACUUUUGACCUUCACUUCCUGAUUAACGUCAAAAAGAAACUCUUAAGACGGAAUUUCACCGAACGACAUACCGCUGUUCCGCUGCGCGCCUUUGCGAACAUUGGUCACGCUUUCAACUUUUUUUUUUGUUGAGGUACUAUACUUUCAUGUGCUCCCGCAGCAAUAACAAUCAAUUGAAAGAGUUACCUAGAUUAGAAAGACGCUUCGCGAACGCACGCAGCGGAACAGCGGAAUGUCGUUCGGUGAAAUUUCAAGUCGUGGCACACAGACUACAGCAAAUGAGACUUUUUGCGUGUCCUGAACUUCAAAAUCUCUUUGGCGAGAAACCGGAAAUUUUGAACAGAAAACCCUUUCUUGUCAGGAUUGACCACGGGAGCUGCGAUCCACGUACUGACGUCGCAGCUGAAGACGAUGACGGGAGUGAAGGAAGUGCCACCAACAAGUGAACCCCGAAUGUUGAUCCAGGUCUGGGAAAAAGCGAACAAAAAAGUAGGAAUUUUCAGUUUUACACGUGUUUUUUCUCGCAGUUGGACAGCAUCCACUUGACGUCGACAAUCAUAUCAGUGGUUUCGGUGGUUUUUCUUCUUCUUUCCGCCUACGUUAUCGAUCCUAUCCUCCGCAAAUGGAGCAAGUUCAAGUUUCCGAUGGAGCUUUUGCUGGUGGCAAAUGAAGUCUUUUGUAAAAUAGACCUACGACAUUUAGGUCAUAUUCUCAACACUUCUGGUGUAUUUGUCGCAGGACACCGAGUAUGAGAUCAACGUUCCGAUUGUCGGCGCAGUUGAGCCAGGCUUGCCUGCGCCCUUGAUCCCUCCGAUGCCAAACUUCAUCAACAUGAUUGGUCGAAAAAUCCGGAAGGAAUUUGUUGUACUUUUCCUAGUUCAGGAGCCGCCGUCUCUAUUGGCAUCGUCUCAUUUGUCGUGCACAUCGCCAUGUGCAAAUUGGUCGCCAAAAAACUCAACUACGAGAUCGACUCGAACCAGGUAAAACUUGCGUCUUUUCCUGGUCCAAGCAUUAAGGAAUGGCUGGCCUUGGGGGUCAUGCACGCGGUUUCUUCCUUCUUUGGGUGUUACGCCGGAGGCUCCUCUCUGGGCAGGACCAUGAUGCAGGUACUCGUUCCUCUGAUCCUGAGCGAAGAUUUCAACAAAGGUCAAAUGUGGCGCCAAGAGUCAGAUGUCCACUAUUUGUUGCUGUGCCGUCAUUGUCGUUUUUACAUUCGGCGCCGCACAAUUCAUCUAUUAUCUACCGAAGGUUCGUUUCUGCCUUGAAAAAGUCGCCUUUUUUUUUUCUUCAAGCCGGUUCUGUAUGGAAAUUCCGCAAGUAAAGAUCAGGGCUUGAAGAUCAUUUCUGCGUAGAAACUGAAGUUUCUUAUUUUUAAAUAAUCACUUUGACGGUAUUCAACUUUGAAAGAUCAAAUUUCCAAAGACUCGUUUUUUGAGUCAGUCCCAAUGAGAGGAGCAAGCCUUCAUUGCAGCCAGUACUUGCCUCGAUCGUUGUCGUUGCCAUGAAAGACCUUUUCCUUCAAAUUUUCUCUGCCUUCAGUGUUUCUCGCCGGAGCAUGUUCGACUUUGUAAGUCUGACCUUUAGAAAUGCAAAAUUCUCCGCAGUUGAUCUUCGUGGUAACGCUGUCGGCCGUGGUGCUUCUCAACGUGAGUUACGGACUGGUGGUCGGCGUCGCUUUCGCCUUGCUCACAGUCAUCUUCCGGACUCAAUGGGCCGACAGCACCGUCUUGGGCCGUAUUCCAGGGACAUCUCAUUUCCGAGGCAUGGGACACUAUACCAAAGCCACGGAAGUUCCAGGUGAUCUUUUUUUAUCUUCAAGUGGAACUCUUAGCUUCGGUUUACAGAGGAAAAUUGUAUUUUGUUGAAAAGGCAAUAUGUCACUGCUUCAUUUAGGAGUCAAAAUCUUCCGAUUCGAUUCCCCGGUGUACUUUGCCACCUCGGAACUUUUCUUGAGUCGCGUACAUACUCUUUGCGUCAAUCCGGUGUUAGGUGAGCUUCAGUGCAGGGUUCGAUAUAACCUCGGAACUCAGUUCGAGCGAAACUCAAUGAACAAGAGAAAAAGAAGAAGCAGGAGAAGAUGAAAAAUUCGGCCAGGUCUGAUGUCACUCCAGUUGGUUCGACUCUAAGUAAGCAGCCACGGAAGGAACACAGAACUCGUUCAAUUUUUGGCCUCUUUGUCAGAGAUCAAUGCAAAGCCGGACAGGUCUGAGGCGAUGCCAGAAGAUGGGGAAGAGCACGAAAUCACAGAGAUAACUCACAUAAUAGUUGGCAAGUGUUAUGUAUAAAGUGGUCACGCUGGAAUGUCGCAGAUUGUUCCUCGAUCCCGUUUGUGGAUCUGAUGGGCAAAGACGCGCUCAUGCAGACCUACCUCGAGUACCAGGCCAUAGACAUUGCCGUGUUGUUCGCCAAUACAAAAGGUCUUCUUCCAGAAUCGCUUCUUUUAAACGGGAAGUUGGUUCAGAGAAAGUUCGGCAGAUGCUGGAAGCGACAGAUUUCUUCACCAAAGUUCCAGAUAAUCGUGUUUUCGUGAGCAUAUCUGACGCAGUGAACCAGGCUCACUGGGAGCAACACAACAAAUAUCCGCCAAAUUUGCCAUCCGUCAGUUUUUUUUUUCCAUUAAAUACGUUUCAAAUACAUUUUCUGUCGAAAAAAGGAAUGGUUUUCGCGUCAGAAAGAUGCAUUUUUUUUUCCCGAGUUUUUCUUUUUCCGAUCUAUUUUCCUUAAAUUUUUUCGAUUAAAAGUCAAAAAUUAGUCGAUAGGAGUUUUUAUACUUUUCCCCUCUUCGUAAAAAGAACCAAAAACAGGUUUUUUCGUGUACAAGAAUGAGAGGUUGAGAAUGAAACUUGCAGGACCGGGCGCAGCGUCCUCCUGAAGAAAAACAGCCGAUAGCCAAAUCGGUUGCUCAGAAAACAGCUCCACUCAGCGUACAGGCAACUCAAAGCUUAGGUACCAAGAAAAAGAGUGCACAAGUUUCACGUUGACUUUCAGCUUCUGUACUGACUCCGACAGACGGUUCUUUUGGGGAAAAGGCGGCUUUUGCCCAAUCCCUGACAGCCAAGGCGCCAAGCCAGAACCGGGUCAGAAAGGAGGACAACAAGAACAAACGACAUCCGGCUGAGGUGAGAAUGGAUCCCUUUAUAGUAAGAAGCUUUUGCAGAACCGUCGUAGACAUAUCCAGCUUUCUCAUGCGACUUCGAAGACGUCCUUGUUGCAAGACGAAGACAAAACACAAUAG